AUGGCGGUCUGGAUCUCGCGAGAACUGAUAGUUGAUUUCUUGUUGUAGUGGGCAAGGCGCGAAGCUUCAGUAGCGAUGCGCUCGAAGAUGUCGUUGACAAACGAGUUCAUGAUACCCAUGGCUUUGCUGGAGAUACCAGUGUCAGGGUGAACUUGCUUCAACACUUUGUAGAUGUAGAUCGCAUAGCUUUCCUUCCUCUUUCCUCUUCUCUUCUUCUUUCCAUCAGAUGGAGCCUUGGCCUUGCCAGCUCUCUUCUCGCCUUUCUUUCCUGCAACUUUAGGUGCCAUAUCUGUUGAUCAGAAUGGAAGUAAGUGAUUCACACUUGCUGAAUAUUGUAUUUAUAACAAAACCAGGAUCAAUUAACAUACGGAUCGAAAUCUUUGAGUUUUCAUUGGUUUCUCUUUUUUAAGGUCAACAACCUUCUUGCAUACAUCAUCAUAUUUCAUGAUCCACUUAAAUUUUUUCGCCUGAUUGGUGCGUUUUGAUCCUAUUCAAAUUUUUCCGCGCGUAUAAAUUUGCUUUCAGGGAACUUUGAAGUAUUUCACUAGCUCUAUUUCGUGCUAAACGCAAGUCUUGUAAACAUGUCUGGUCGCGGUAAAGGAAAAGCAAAGGGCACCAAGUCCAAGAGCCGAUCAUCCCGAGCAGGGCUUCAGUUCCCUGUUGGUCGAAUCCAUCGUCUUCUUCGUAAAGGCAACUAUGCUGAGCGUGUUGGCGCUGGUGCUCCAGUCUACUUGGCUGCAGUGCUCGAGUAUUUGAGCGCUGAGAUCCUCGAGUUGGCGGGCAACGCUGCUCGUGACAACAAGAAGACCAGAAUAAUUCCCCGUCAUCUUCAGCUUGCUGUCCGCAACGAUGAAGAGUUGAACAAGCUGCUCGCCGGCGUCACCAUCGCACAAGGAGGUGUUCUUCCCAACAUCCAGGCUGUUCUUCUACCCAAGAAGACAGAGAAGAAGCCAAAAGCUUAAACAGUUCCACCCGGCGUCAAAAACAAACGGCUCUUUUAGGAGCCACCAAAUAUGAUAAAAGUCAUGAUCAACAGAGUUGCUUUCCAUAGUAUCAUGCAUGGGUGUUGCAAUUUAUUUUUUUACAAUCCUUCCUUUUAAGACAUGCAGGUUGAAUGCUGACGGCAAACGAGCUAUCGAGUACUGGUUCGAUGAUACACAAAUUUUAAGUAACUCUUUAUCCCUAAAAUUAGCUAAACUACAGGCCACCAGAAUGGGUACGAGAAAGGCCACUUACAUUUUAAAAAAUACUGUGAGAGAGGGGUGGAACUACAUUCAAACCCCGCGUGAAGCAAGAGCCGAAAAAUGCGUCUGCUCCCCGCAGGCUACGCUUCAUUCAAACACCUCAUUAUAAUGAUAUAAUGGACAGUUUGCCUUUUCCCUGGGGAAAGAAAACCCGCUUUAUAUUUACGGACACUUUCUAUGGCCCCCUCUGUGUCCGUAUUAACGGAGUUUGACUUCAAGAGCCUGCGUGGAAGGCGUUUGAAAGGGAAGUGAAUUUCGGGCGCGCAAGAAGCGCGCGGUCUUCCCUUGCCUUUCUAACGCCUGCCACGCAGGUUUGACUCUAUAAGAAAAGUGAAGGGGGUCUGGUAAACUUUAUGGUCACCAUUUCUCUUUUUAAUCAGAACAAUACUUAGCCUACGGAAACAGCCGUUUCUCCUAGCUCCUCGGGGUAAGGGACGUUUCCUCCUGGCGAAGGAACUGCUGUAUUCUUUCUUAGAAAUCGUUCACUGUUGAAAACAGAAGGCUCCUGCCUUGGCGCCAAUUUUUUAAAAUUCAGUUGACCGUUAAAAUCGCGCGAAAAUUUCGAAGUCUAUUCCUCACACAAAUAGCUUUCCAAAAUUAUAUUCUCCUGUUAUGUUAGCUUUAUAGGUCACAAGGCGAAUAACGAACUUGUGAAACUAGACCUUCCAGCUAAAGCCAAAGUUAGGCUUUCACUACUGCAAGCCGAUCUCUAUUUAACCUCGCCAUCAAAGUUGAUUUUGAUAGGACUAAACUUUAUUGGCAAUGACUUUCAAAGAUAUGGUGGCUCCUAAAAGAGCCGUUGGUUUGAGAGUGUAGCGUGAAGAUCUAACCGCCAAAUCCGUACAGAGUACGUCCCUGGCGUUUGAGUGCGUACACCACAUCCAUGGCGGUCACAGUCUUGCGCUUGGCGUGCUCGGUGUAGGUCACAGCAUCACGGAUUACAUUCUCUAGGAAAACCUUGAGAACACCACGAGUCUCUUCGUAGAUCAGACCAGAGAUUCGCUUGACACCGCCACGGCGUGCAAGACGACGGAUAGCUGGCUUGGUGAUGCCUUGGAUGUUGUCACGCAGGAUCUUUCGGUGACGCUUGGCGCCUCCUUUUCCUAGACCUUUGCCUCCUUUGCCUCGACCAGACAUGUUGUUAGCUUUGUAGGAAACUGACUAAAAUACCUUGACCAACGAAUCUCAUAGAAUUUAUACCGCAAAGAAUGACCUCACUGAAAACACCCCAGAAGAAAUAAUAAGAUGUGCUUCUCUCUUGGUUAGUACGGACAAAAGAGCCAAGAGGUCAGGGUAAUUAUUACCAUACUUAUGCUUCGCAAGAGAAGUGCGAACAGAUUAAAAGAGAAAAUAAAAGUCGGAGUCACUAAAAAACCUGCCACAUCACUCUUCGACUGCUUUUAGUAUGAUACUUUCUAAUUAUUUUGGACGAAAAAUUUGUAUUUCCAAUUCCCAUUAAUCCAAUGAAUUGGUAAAAAUCUUCGGAUAGAAACACAACAACACGGGUAAAUGACAAUAUUUUACUCGUAGUACUGGUUGUCCAAUGAAAUCGCAUAGUUUUUGACCAAUCGGAAGGAAGCCCGCUAAGUAUAAAAUUAUUGUUUAGAAAAUCUUUCACCAUUCCCGUCGAUUUUCGGUUAGAAUUGAAGAUGGCACGUACAAAACAAACUGCUCGUAAAUCAACUGGUGGCAAAGCUCCACGAAAACAGCUCGCCACAAAGGCAGCUCGUAAGAGCGCGCCUGCCACUGGAGGAGUCAAGAAACCUCAUCGUUACAGGCCUGGUACAGUCGCUCUUCGUGAGAUCCGUCGGUACCAGAAAUCUACCGAGCUGCUCAUCCGCAAGCUGCCCUUCCAACGUCUUGUGCGAGAAAUCGCUCAAGAUUUUAAGACCGACCUGCGUUUCCAGAGCUCUGCUGUGAUGGCUCUUCAAGAAGCUAGCGAAGCUUACCUGGUUGGCCUCUUUGAAGAUACCAACUUGUGCGCCAUCCAUGCCAAGCGCGUCACCAUCAUGCCAAAGGACAUUCAGUUGGCCCGCCGAAUCCGCGGAGAGCGAGCAUAAGUGAACUGCUUGCACCACAAAACAAACGGCUCUUUUAGGAGCCACCACAUCAAUAAAAGCAAUAACCGACAGCAACACAUUUUGUGCUCAACCUUACUUCAUAAUUCUUUAGGUACAACCACACAGACAAAGCGAGAACUUUGAAGUUUUCAUACAUCGACUAGAGUUGUUUUAAAUCUUAUUUAGUUUCAUGAGUAUUAACAAGAAGGAAAGAGGAACUUAAAAUUGCUAAGUUUUUCAGGAAGGGAAACUUCAGCCUCAUAACUUAGGGCCUGUCACCGCCGGCAAAGAGAUAGGUCAAAGAAAAGGCAACAAAGCAACAGAGAGAAUUUGUGUGGCUGUACAUUUUUUUUCAAACACAGUUUUAAAUUGUAAAGCUAAUAGAGCUUAUGUGGCCAGAGAGUGAAAUGAUGACCGGUCUGGUUUCGCUGACGUGUUGACUCAAAACGUUCGCACUAGAGUCCACAAAGUAUUUGACUGUAAGGAAAGAGUUUAGUGAUCAGCUGUAUUGAAUGAGGUAUUUCAUCCCAUAAAAUUCGUGCACGACGUUAUUUUUCUCAAGUAAGAAUCUUCUUUCCGCUGGCCUAUUUCACAGAGGAAAUUUUGUUCAGAGCGACUCCAAGAAGUGAUUAACAAGAGGUUAGCGAAACGACUUAGAAAACGUUAGCGACCUUUCCAUUUCACCAUUACACAAAGCUUUUGCUUCCUUUCCGUAAAGUGGCCACACGAAAGAGAGAGAGAGAGAGAUUUUCUUCACUCGUAAAACGAAAAACAAAACCUUUGGGUUUAACAGAGGAAACUUUGAAGCUAAGGGUUUAAGUUGAAGGAGAACGCUGAGAUGGAAGUUAACGAUCUUUAUUAGCGCAGUGAGCGUAAAAGAACGUUGACUUCGUGAAAUACAGUGGCGCAACGUACUCUGCAACUCACGCGCGUUGGACGCAACCUUAUAUAGAAAGGUCCAAAUUCAUGGGAGAAAGGAGAGAAGAAUCUCUGGAACCAGGAUAUUAAAAUUCAAAUUUGCAUUAAAAGAUUUUGGGGAAACUGAGGUAGAUGUUAAAGGAUUUAUAAGCGUUCGGCCUAAAAGAGCGUGGGAAUACAUUUUGGCGGAAAAUGUAUGCAAAUUACUGUCAUUAUUCGCAACGCCGCGCGCUUUUAACCUUUAUCAAAGUAGCUUCACGUUUAUGCAGAAAAAGGAAAUAAUACGUAAAUAAUUACAAGAUAAAGGUAUAAAAGAUGCAAAUUUUAGGGAAAACUGUAUAAGUUGAAAGACUUUCUUUAAGCCCAAUCGAAAUUUGUGGAAUACAUUUGGCGCAAAGUUUAGGCAAAUCAUAAGGAUUCUCCCUCAACAGAACUAGUUCAGUUUACUUUUGAUUUUUGCUUUAAUGUGUUUUUAAAGAGAUUUCCAUUUAGCUUAAUGAGUAUUGCAUAAGAAAAGGCAGUAAAGAAACACAUGAAGAUAAAAAACCCUUCAGGACGAAGAGUGUUUGUGAGAAUUGAGUUGGUGGGUGACUUAAGGGUGAUUUAAGAAGCUCUGACAGCUUUGGAAAGCUUAAUUCAGCUCCAUGUUCAAUCCACUGCAUUAUUAGCCAGAAAACUACUAGUUUAUAUUUAACAUCUUCAUAGGAAAGGAAAAGAAAUGUGCAGUUCUUUAGUCGCAACUAAUAACAACUCUGAAAGCAGAAUGCUUGGAGACCGUUUUUUUGAUGUUCUUCUGUGCACGGUCAUCUUGAUCUUGCAAAUGGCGGCCAAGGAGUUUGUCCUUGUUCUCUUGACGAAAGAGAAUUUAAAUCAUACUAAAUGAAGCAGAUUGUAGAAAUUAAAGACAGAUGAUUGAAGUAUGGGAGUUAUAUCAUCUUGUAAAUGUCUCAAAAGAGAAAGGAAGUAUCAAGCGCAAAAGAUAAAGGACUUUACAGAUGAAAUACGAACAAGAUUCUAUGGAGUUAAAGAAUAAAAAGCUAUCCACCUCUUCCUACAAAUGCCUUAAUUCGCACGUACGUUUGGAAAAUAAAUCUUUGAUCAAUUUAUUUUAGUUUUUACACUUUAGAAGGAAUAAACUACGGUGUUUCGUCACUUUAUUCGUCGAAAUUUUCCGUAAACUAGCACAGAAUCAUCGUGCGCCAUGUUCGAUUGCUGUCUCCUCAGUGGUCCGCAUAGACCUCAUAUACAUCACUGUCCGACCUUCGAGUGUUCAUUUCUAUCGUUUCCGAAGGUAUCGAUCAAACUUCUUCGUCAUGUCUGAAGCAAAGUCACCGUCUAAAAAGAAGCCAGCUGCGCCUAAAAAGCCAGCUGAGCAUCCACCAUAUCUUGAAAUGAUCAAGGCUUCCAUCGUCGCUCUGAAAGAGCGAAACGGUUCUUCGCGCCAAGCCAUCGAGAAGUACAUCAAAGCCAACUACAAGGUUGGUGAGGUCGGCUCACACUUGAAGAUGGCUCUCAAGAGAGGUGCUGCCAGUGGAAAGUUGCUACACACCAAAGGUGUUGGCGCAUCUGGGUCCUUCAAGGUGGCCAAGGAGGAAAAGAAAGAGAAAAAACCAGCGAAGAAGCCAAAGAAGCCCGCCGCCAAGAAGGUAGCAAAGAAACCAGCGGCUAAAAAACCCGCAGCAAAGAAGCCAGCGGCUAAAAAGAAGACUGCGACGAAAUCACCAAGUAAGAAGCCCAAGAAAUCGGCAGCGAAAAAGCCGGCAGCAAAGAAACCAGCGGCCAAGAAAGCUGCGAAGAAGGCACCCGCAAAGAAGCCUGCCGCCAAAAAGCCCACCAAGAAAUCUGCCGCCAAAAAGCCUACUAAGAAGUAA